GAUAAUAAAACAAUGAUGAGAACAAUAAAAUUUUGUCCUCAGAAAAAAAAUUAAUGUCGAUCAUUUUGUCAUUUUGGAGAUCUGAAAAUUAUUGUUAACACAACAAAAAAAAAAACAAAAAUUGAAAUCGAAUCAUGGCUGAACCACAUUCGAUAUCAUCAAUGUUACAAUGCAAAAAAUGGACAUUAAGUUUACUAUGCAUAGCAAGAAUCAUUCUAUGUAUCAUAUUGACCGUAUUGGAAAUACAACAAUCAUCAUCAUCAUCAUCAUCAUCGAUAUAUGAUUUGUUGGAACAAUUGGCCACUGUUCAUGGUGAAACUGAAGCGAUUCGUAUUUCAUUGAUUCUAUUCACCAUCGUUACCAUAUUGAUCCUUGUGAUCGGUAUAUGUGGUGUUUAUUUGGAAAAUUAUUCCAUUUCCAUCACAUUUGGUUCAAUCAUUUUCCUUGUCAUAUUCAUUGAUGCUGAUCUGGCUCUUUUUUAUAAUCGUAUCAAUUUCAUCGGUUUUAUAAUGACCAUUUUUGUAUUGACGGCCAAUAUUUGGAUCAAUCCAGAUUUGGAACAUAUUUUAUCACAACGACGAUUACAAAGAAAUCUAGUGAUUAAUCAUGGUGGAAUCAAUCAUGGUUUUAAAAAUUGAUUAAAAUCCGAAUUUUAUUGUUCAAAUAAAUAAAUAAAAAAUGUUUUCGAGUAAAUAUCAAAAUUGUGGGUUAAAAUAGCCAAAUUGAAAAUAGCCAAAGCAGAAAAUAGCCAAAUCUGGAAAAUAGCCAAAUAUUGAAAAUAGCCAAAUCUGCAAAUAGCAAAAGCAGAAAAUAGAAAAUUCUUUCUCAACUUCCAUUUCCUUUAGUCGAUCUUUAUUUGUGUUAUUAACCAAAUUAUGUUUUCCUUCAAAAAAACAAAAAUUGGAUCGUUCCAAGUGGAACUAGAGUCAAAAAAGAAAAUUACCAGUUUUAUCUGAAUUAUUAAAAUCAUUUUUCUUACCAUCAUAUAAAGGUAAUUUUCCGGAAUUUGUAAGUUCCACCACUUGGAUGAGGGGGGGAUCAGAAAAAAUUGUUAUUUCGAAAUACAAAUUGAAAUGUGGAAUAAUAUAAACCGAAAUGAAGAAAAAGACACAAAGUUCAGUUUAAUAAUAAAGUAACAAAAAUAAUAAUUUGAUUAGUUUUAACUAAUCAAUUUAUAACCUGGGACGAUUUAAUAGCAGAUUAAUCGGACCAGGUUCAGCCCGAAAAUAAAAAAGUAAAAAUUAAGAGAGUGUGCAUACGACGACGUCAUUAUUGUUGAUAAUAAAUUAAAAUUUUUCUUUAUUGAUCAAAGUUUUAAAAAUAAUGCGAAAUCAAAUUUCAUUCAGUACAAACGGUUUACGAAAUAACUGCUUUGAAUAAUAUAUUUUUCUUCAUUGUGGAACUCCAUUGGUGAUAAUAUCUCAACGAAACAAAACACAGAAACACAAAAAUGAAAUAUUAAAUUUAGUUUAUUAAUCGGUUGUCUUUCUUUCCACGUGUAAUUGAACAAUAAUCGUUUUUUAAAAAGAAUAAAUGUUACAAAUGUGAGUUUUCGAAAAAUAGAACUAAAACAAUUCGAUUUUUAUAUUAUAAGCUUUAAAAAAAUAGAAAUCGAACAAUUUGGUUAUAUGCGAAAAAUUUUUCACUACAUAGUGGUGUGAACAAUGAACAAGCAACAUUGAAAAAAUUUGACGUCGAUGUAUGGUGAUAGAAAUACAGAAAUUUUCUUCAUUCUUCAUAGAGAAUUUGGUGUCGUAUUCGGAACGUUUUUCGUAAUUUUUGAUGUUUAAUGGAUUCGAAACAUCCGAUGUUAUCACUAUAAUGAUGUUUCGAAUACAUUCUUCUUGUGUAUAAUUCAAAGUUUGCUUUAAAUUUUUUCAAUUUGGCAUUAUAUUUUUUAUGGAUUUUGGUGUUUCUUUUAGCACAUUUGAAAUGAUUCGACAAGUUGUGAUUCAUUCGUAUUUUCAGCAGUCAUUUUUAAAUCGUUAAUUUUAUGCUGUUUUUGUAUUUCAUCUACCCAAUGGGAUCAUGAUUAUGUUCUUUUUUUUCAAUGAAUAGUGUUUCCAUUAUUCCAUUGCCGUUUACUAUUAUUCGUUUUUUACAAAAACGUUGGUUACAUUUAUAAUAUAUUGUGUCGCUACAUUUUUGAAAUCAAUAUUUAAUAUAAAAUAUGUACGGAACUGUGUUUCUAGCGCUUUUAAGUGAUCGAUAAUAAUUUUUGCAAUA